UUCAUCGUGUACAUUUCGCGGAUCCGGUCUUUCAAAACAGUUGAUUCUUUACCCGGUUAAAGAUUAGACAAACUAACUCGUGUUUUACAGCAGGGCAAAAGUUUUACCGCGAAAAAAGAUAUUAAACGAUACUAAAAUAUAUAAAAAAUAUAAUAUUUAUUUUAUUUUUGAUUGAUUAGUUUAGCAGACAUGAGCAGUGGACUUGACGUUCUGAGCGGUUCCCUUAGAGUGCGAAAUAAUAGAAUCGGAUCUUGCAAAAAUUAUAAUUGCAAAAUAAGUGAAGUAAAAGCAUGUCCUAGUGUUAUGUCGCCUGAAACUAAAAGGUUAUUGCCUCCUAAUACUGAAACUGUGCAAACGAAACCUUUCCCGAUUAGAGCACAAUUUCUUCAGUAGCGGUGACUUUUUACAUCAAAACGUUUUAUACAUCUUUCAAUAAUCAAGUAUGAGUAGUCCAAAACCUUCCAUUGCAACUUGCCGUUCAUCUACAAGUUCCACAACUUCUUGUAAAUCACUUGGUUGGAGAUUUUUAAAUAAAGAAACCUUUGGACCUCCAGGAGAAAGAGCUAAUUAUGUCAACAGUCCUCACGUCAUCGCAAUGGUGGGACUCCCUGCUCGCGGUAAAACUUACAUUUCAAAAAAGUUAUCCAGGUAUUUAAAUUGGAUAGGUAUAAAUACGAGGGUUUUCAAUUUGGGCGAAUACAGAAGACACGCUACGUCGGCUUACAAAAACCACGAUUUCUUCAGAGCCGAUAAUCAAGAAGCUAUGGCGAUAAGAACACAGUGUGCUCUGGAAGCACUGCACGACGUCAGUCAAUGGUUGGAGGAUGGAGGAGAAGUAGCCGUGUUUGAUGCUACAAAUUCGACUCUCGAUCGGAGGAAACUCAUACACGACGUCGUAGUCACUAAGAUGGGAUUCAAAUUAUUCUUCGUGGAAUCUAUUUGCGAUGAUCCUGAUAUCAUCGAACAAAACAUCAUGGAAGUGAAAGUCAGUAGUCCCGAUUACGCCAACAUGAAUAAGGAUGCCGUCCUGAGCGAUUUUCUUCAAAGAAUACAACAUUAUCAAGAAAAAUAUGAACCUCUAGACGAAGUUAGAGAAAAAGACGUAUCUUUUAUGAAAAUAUAUAAUACGGGAGAAAAGGUUGUCGUUCAUAAACACGAAGGACACGUACAAGCCAGGAUCGUUUAUUAUUUGAUGAACAUACAUAUAACACCUAGAACCAUUUAUCUAACUAGACAUGGUGAAAGCGAACAGAACUUAGAGGGUAGAAUAGGGGGCGAUUCCAGCUUGAGUCCCAGAGGAAAACAAUACGCGCAUUCUCUAGCUGAAUAUAUUCGCGAACAAAAAUUAGAUGGCUUAAGAAUAUGGACUUCGUGGUUAAAGAGAACCAUUCAAACAGUAUCCGGUCUCCACGUACCGCAAGAAAGAUGGAAAGCUCUCAACGAAAUAGACGCGGGCGUCUGCGAAGAAAUGACUUACGAGGAAAUCAAAGAGAAAUAUCCCGAAGAAUUCGCGGCUAGGGAUAUGAAUAAGUUCGCUUAUAGAUAUCCCAGAGGGGAAAGUUACGAGGAUCUUGUUGCACGUUUGGAACCAGUAAUAAUGGAAUUGGAAAGACAGGGUAACGUUUUAGUCGUGUCACAUCAGGCUGUGCUUCGUUGUCUAUUAGCUUAUUUCUUAGAUAAAACUGCUGAUGAAUUGCCUUACCUGAAAGUCCCUCUUCAUACUAUAAUCAAAUUAACGCCAGUUGCUUAUGGUUGUAGAGUAGAACAUAUACCUUUGAAUAUCGAAUGUGUCGAUACACACAGAGGCAAACCAAACGAACCAGGCCAAAAACCAUCGGUUGCAAUUGAAAAAUAAUCAUUUUUAUUUAAAAGGGCGGAUUGUUUUCAAAAAUUAUAUCAGUUCUGAUAUUUUUUAUUAUCUACUUGGGAUAGGUAAACGAAAUUCUGUUGUUGGUAGAUCAUUUAUUCCUAAAGAGUAUGUUUGAAAGAUUCAAAUUAAUACAAUAAAUAGAAAUCAUUCAAGUUUAUUUGGCAAGUAUAUUUAGAAUGAACACCAGCCAGCUUUCCUUUUCUUAAGCUACUCCCUACCUUCAAAUCUCACUCACUUUUAAUUUUAUCAAGGAUUUUAAUAUUAGGGUAGAAUCCUCAAGUUGUUUCCAAGCCAUUUUCUUUCACACACUCGCUCAAAUAGAAAUCAAACUUGACACUAUGAUGUAUAGUAACAAUUGAUAAUACCAUCAUUAAAAAGCUUAUUGCAUUCUCAAUAUUAUCAUCAUUGUCAAGCUGUUCAAUUUUCAAAAUCUUUCUCUCUUCUAAUCUUAUGUUUAGUGUUAGUUAUAGAUUAAGGGUUACAUUGAACUGCAACUUUGAAAUUUAUUGUCCUCCUAUUAUGCUGACCUCAAUAUUAGAUCUUCGCUACCAGAAGUUCCAUGUCCAAAGCAUUUAAUACGUAUGCUUGUGUUGGCAUUAUAAAACUGAUAUUUCAUCCUUUUCUAUACGGAACCUACACAGUUCUGCUAGACUUAACCUCAUCAGCUAUCUCCUAAUGGAACUGAGCUUCCUGGUGGGACUGUGUCUUAUAAGGAAGCUAGUGAAAAAGUGUAGCAUCAAUUUUUGCUACUAGAGGUGCUUCCUGACGGGAUCCUUUUUGUUCCCUGAACCUUCGGUCAGCAAUUUCUGCUAGACCUAACCUCUACAGCUGCUUCCUAAUAGGACAGUGUCUAUUCUUGUUUCUAUUGAUAUCCAAAUACAUUCUAGAUGUGAUAUAAAAUUCUAGACUUAGAUAAACUGGAAUUUAAUCCUUUUCCUUUUGGAAUCUAUACUCAUCACCUUCUCUAGAUCUAUCCUGUACACGAGGUUAGGUUAUUCUUCUUUCCUAUAUACCUUGGCCUUUGUCUGUAUUAUUACGAAGUUACCAAAUAUUGUGAGAUCUGCAACUUGUAUUCAUUUGAAUCUUAAAAAUCUAAAUUUUAAUUGUAUUUUCAAGUGUUAUAAUUAUUUUUCUAUUGAAAGUUUAUUAGAUAAUAAAUAAGAUUAGAACUGUUUUUAUCUAACACUUUCUAGGAUUGUGAUAAUUAAAAAUAUCGAGAUUUACCUGCACCGUUUAGCUUUAUUUCAAUCAAAAGAUAUACAUAAGGUGUACGGAGACAAUAGGUUGUUAUUUUAGUUUCAAUGGUUUGCGGUGUACUUAUUAGCUCUAAAUAUAGAAUAGCCUUGUUAAUAAUGAGCAGACAAAGUACAAAUUACCGCUCUCAAAAUACCUUAUGUUUAAUUAUCUAUAUUAGGUAGAGGUCUUUCAAUAUUGUUAAUAUAUAACUAAAUAGUUUAUGUUUCUUUCAAUGGAAUCCAAUGGAAUUAACCAAUAAUAUUAAUCCUUAACAGCAGGGGAUUAUAACAUGUAAUUUUUUUUAUUUCGAAUUUAUUAUUCGAUAACUUUUAAUCAGUUUAAAUUUGAAAAAUUACUUCGUACAUAUUGUGAGAUAAAAUUUUCGAAAUAAGCUUCCUUUCUUUUAUAUAUACAUGGCGACAACGUUAUAAUUCAUUAGAUACACUGUGAAUUAGUUACGAAGAAAUUCUUUCAAAUGUUAUUUUGUGAUAUAUUUUGAAUUGUGUCGAAAUUUGUGAAAAAGACAUGCAGAAUUUAAAAAAAAAUUAAAUGAAAUAAAUUGGCCUGGCUCCCUUUAACAAUUUUUCUUGCUUAUGUAAUUUUUCGUAUCGCUAGCCAGUAGAUAAUAGCAACUGACUACGUUUACGCUGAUGUAGCAACAUGACAGAAAAUAUUAAAACACUAUUUUGUUUAAAUAAUUAUUUCUGACAUGAUGUGUAUAUGUGUACGUUAAUAUCCUAACAAACAUAAUUUAUCUUGUCAAAAGUGAAUUUUUCAAUGACUAAGAAUACUGUGAUAUACAAUGUGAUUAAAUGUAUUGGAAGGUAUUUGGUCUGACACAGCUAUGUCAAUAUUAAAUAUUUGAACUUUUAAACUUACAGCUAUUUAAAUCUCGAGUUUUAGAAGAUAUUUGUAUGUUUCCGCUUCUCAAUUUGGGGGGUCACGAAUUAAAAUAAAAAAAAAGAAAAA